AGGUCUGAGCCAGCAGUAGACUUGCGCUGCCCACGCGGUCAGUUCUUUCGUUUUCCCUCGCCUCCUGCGCGGCCGCAUCAUGAGCGCCCGGAGGCAGGUGGUCAACUUCGGGCCCGGGCCUGCCAAGCUGCCGCGCUCGGUAUUGUUAGAGAUACAAAAGGAAUUAUUAGACUACAAAGGAAUUGGGAUUAGUGUUCUUGAAAUGAGCCACAGGUCAUCAGAUUUUGCCAAGAUUAUUAACAACACAGAGAAUCUUGUGCGGGAAUUGUUAGCCGUUCCAGACAACUACAAGGUGAUUUUUGUGCAAGGAGGUGGGUCUGGCCAGUUCAGUGCUGUCCCCUUAAACCUGAUUGGCCUGAAAGCAGGAAGGUGUGCCGACUAUGUGGUGACAGGAUCUUGGUCAGCUAAGGCCGCCGAAGAAGCCAAGAAGUUUGGGACCGUGAAUAUCGUCCACCCCAAACUUGGGAGUUACACGAAAAUUCCAGAUCCAAGCACCUGGAAGCUGAGCCCCGAUGCCUCCUAUGUAUAUUACUGCGCCAACGAGACUGUGCACGGAGUGGAGUUUGACUUUAUCCCAGACGUCGAGGGAGCAGUGCUGGUUUGUGACAUGUCCUCAAACUUCCUAUCCAAGCCAGUGGAUGUUUCCAAGUUUGGUGUCAUUUUUGCGGGUGCCCAGAAGAACGUAGGCUCUGCCGGGGUCACGGUGGUGAUCGUCCGUGAUGACCUGCUGGGGUUCGCCCUCAGGGAGUGCCCGUCAGUCCUGGACUACAAAGUGCAGGCUGGAAACGGCUCCCUGUACAACACACCUCCGUGCUUCAGCAUCUAUGUCAUGGGCUUGGUCCUGGAGUGGAUCAAGAACAACGGCGGUGCAGCAGCCAUGGAGAACCUCAGCUCCGUCAAAUCGCAGAUGAUUUAUGACAUCAUUGAUAAUUCGCAAGGAUUCUACGUAUGUCCGGUGGAGCCCCAGAAUAGAAGCAAGAUGAAUAUUCCAUUCCGCAUUGGCAAUGCUAAAGGAGAUGAUGCUUUAGAAAAAAGAUUUCUCGAUAAAGCUCUCGAACUCAAUAUGAUCUCCUUGAAAGGACAUAGGUCUGUGGGAGGCAUCCGGGCGUCUCUGUAUAACGCCGUCACGAUUGAGGAUGUGCAGAAGCUGGCUGCCUUCAUGAAGAACUUUCUGGAGAUGCAUCAGCUGUGAACACAUCUUAACCAGUGUGUACUCUGCCCUUGAACAGUGUACAAAAUUGAAAGUAACUCGGCAAUGAUGACAGAAACUUAGCAGACACGGUAUUUUUCUCGGGUGAACAUGCUUAUCAUAGAUCUCGUUUUUCAAAGAACAGCAACAUGUCCACAGCUGUGCAAAGCUGGGGAGACUUAACGGCCACCACCUUAAUUCUGACUUGAACUGGAAGCAUUUUAAAAACCUUUUGCUUUCCUAGAGAGUUCCAGCUGAUUUUGUCCUUGCUGCUACUUUUCCUGGCUAGAUCUCAGUAUUCAAACUCGCCUGUGGACUCAGUUAUGCAAAUUGAAGUUACUUUUUCUGGAAACACAAAAACAAGGCAUGGAGGCUGGGUGGGGACCUCUAGGUGCUGAAUCUUGAUCCUUUACAGAAUGACACAGAGGGGUGUCCUGGGUUCUGCACCUGUUACUUCCAAGUCCACACUGACCAGGUAGUGAGUGUUUAGGGGUUGGUUCUAGGCUAAAAGGCAAACUGGGGAUCUUUCUUUAUACUGUUAUUCUCAUAAAGAGAUAAAAGUGAUAUACUGUAUGUUUAUAUAGCAAGGUGUGUUUUUUAAUACCCAAUAGUUUAUAUUCUAUGCAACAUGUUUCUAAUAAUAUGGUUCCUAGUGAUGCAUGUAGAGACCUUAGAAUCAUCGAUCUCACAUAGUAUGCGUUACGCUUGCAACGGUAUGUCCCUCCCCUCUCUCUUCCCUCUUAAAAAAACUGCUUUGCAAGAUUUCAAAGUUCCCAAAUUCUCUUUUACGUUCCUUUUAGUGGGGAGAAGAGAAGGUUGCUUGGUGGCUUUGCUCUUCAUUUUUCAGUGAGGCUGUUAAAUUAAAAUUCUCUGUUAAACUCCCUUCUCCUUUGUUCACUUGACGGUUCUCUUUAGAGUGUUGGACCAGUGAUGCUGUGAGUUCCGGAAGAUCUUUGCUGAAGAGUCUUUUCCCCUAUUGUUUAUCCGUUGUCAGUAUUUUCUCAUGACUAUGUGGAGGACAUUAAAGUCUUAAAACACCUAAA